AGGCUGGGAGGAGGAGGGCUCAGUAACUCAGCCUGUGACUGCCACCCUUUUCUCCAGAGACCCCACUCAGGGAUCCUAUAGCACCUCCUCCAGGGACAAGGACGGCCAUCCUCCCUCUCUGCUCACUUACUGCUCCCAGGCUCCAGAAGAGUGGUUGUCUGUAGGAAAUGCAGAGGGUGCUGCCCUCUCUGCUUGCCCUUCUUAGGACCAGGCCAACUUGAGAUGCAGUGGGGACAGUUGAGGAAGCAGUGUGGUCACAUAGAAGGAAUGUAGGCUUCAGCGAAUGUGAACUGUUUACAUUCCAGCUUUUCAGCAGCUAGCUGGGUACUGUAACUUUAGUAGGUCUCAGUAUGUCUAAAUCUCAGUUUCUUUUUCUACAAAAUGAUGUUUUUGUAUGUUUCAGAGGGGGAAAUCAGUUAUAAUUAUGUGUUUGCAAAUGCUUUAUAUACCAUAAAUCCCUGUACAAAAACUAGGAUAGUUAAUGUAAGAGUGUGGGCCUCCCAUGUGGAUUCUCUGUCUGAAAUUCACUAUCUAGAGAGGGCACAGAGAAUUGGCCAGAGACCUAGCAGCCCUCAGGUGUGAACGCUAGCCAAUAAAGCAUGGAUUCACCAGUUAUCUUAGUUCAUAUUGCUCACCUCAAGUUUUGUCCUGUCAUUCCAGGUGUAGUCUAAGUGUGGAAUUUGGCCUCUAAUGAAAAUGGUAGGAAUUUUUCUGACCAGCUGGAGGAUCUUCACACCACAAACCUAAAGUAGUCUGGGAGACCUGCUGCUGGUGAACGGGCAGGCCAGGCUGUUACUCUCGCCUUCCCAAACCUUGCAUCAGGAAAGCAGACUAUGCUGGAUGCAGAAGGGACGUUCCUGUGCCAGAGCUGAGAAUGAAGCGGAGAGCAUCAGACAGAGGAGCUGGGGAAACGUCAGCCAGAGUAAAGGCUCUAGGGAGUGGGAUUUCCGGAAAUAAUGCAAAGCGAGCUGGACCGUUCAUUCUUGGUCCUCGUCUGGGCAACUCACCAGUGCCGAGCAUUGUGCAGUGUUUGGCUAGGAAAGAUGGCUCAGAUGACUUCUAUCAGCUCAAGAUCCUUACUCUUGAGGAGAGAGGUGACCAAGGCAUAGAGAGUCAAGAGGAAAGGCAAGGCAAGAUGUUGCUGCACACCGAGUACUCUCUGCUCUCCCUCCUGCACACGCAGGAUGGCGUGGUCCACCACCAUGGGCUCUUCCAGGACCGCACCUGUGAAAUCGUUGAGGACACAGAAUCCAGCCGAAUGGUUAAGAAGAUGAAGAAGCGCAUCUGCCUUGUCCUGGACUGCCUCUGUGCACAUGACUUCAGUGACAAGACCGCCGACCUGAUCAACCUGCAGCACUAUGUCAUCAAAGAAAAGAGGCUCAGCGAGCGGGAGACCGUGGUCAUCUUCUACGACGUGGUGCGCGUGGUGGAGGCCCUGCACCAGAAAAACAUCGUGCACAGAGACUUGAAGCUCGGGAACAUGGUGCUCAACAAAAGAACUCAUCGGAUAACUAUCACCAACUUCUGCCUCGGGAAGCAUCUCGUGAGCGAGGGGGACCUGCUGAAGGACCAGAGGGGGAGCCCCGCCUACAUCAGUCCAGAUGUGCUCAGCGGCCGGCCAUACCGAGGCAAGCCCAGUGACAUGUGGGCCCUGGGUGUGGUGCUCUUCACCAUGCUCUACGGCCAGUUCCCGUUCUAUGACAGCAUCCCACAGGAGCUCUUCCGGAAGAUCAAGGCCGCCGAGUACACCAUUCCUGAGGAUGGUCGGGUCUCUGAGAACACUGUGUGUCUCAUCCGGAAACUGCUGGUCCUCGAUCCCCAGCAGCGCCUGGCUGCCGCUGACGUCCUAGAAGCCCUCAGUGCCAUCAUUGUGUCCUGGCAGUCCCUGUCUUCUCUGAGCGGACCUUUACAAGUGGUUCCUGACAUCGAUGACCAGAUGAGCAACGCAGACAGCUCCCAGGAGGUGAAGGUGACAGAGGAGUGCUCUCAGUAUGAGUUUGAGAACUACAUGCGGCAGCAGCUGCUGCUGGCUGAGGAGAAGAGCUCCAUACAUGAGGCCCGCAGCUGGGUGCCCAAGCGCCAUUUCGGCAGUGUACCCCCAGUGCGACGGCUGGGCCAUGAUGCACAGCCCAUGACCUCCUUGGACACGGCCAUUCUGGCACAGCGCUAUCUGCGGAAAUAGUGGCCUCAGCCAGGGGCAGCUAGCCCCAGCGCCAUCUCUUCUGGCCCCCAGCCCACGGCCUGGCUGUCAGGGCUGGGUCCUGUAGUGCCGGACUCUCCCAGGCUGCAGUAGGGACAGGGCAGGGACAGGAACAGCCCAGGUCACACAUGGGGUCAGCAGAGGUACACAGAGCUACCUUUUGGAAUGAUUGCUUGAUUGUUUGGUUUUUUAAUCUGAGAAGCGUAGAUAACUAAUCUGCUUUUAAUCAUGACAUUUUAAUCUACCUCUGUCUCUUUAACCGUGCUGUCUCUGGCCUGAGUGACGAGAGGAGGAGGGAGCCCACCCACUCGCCCCAGGCCCUGACCCGGCCGCCCGGCCACCGGCCAUGGGCCACCACUCCCCACAGUCCAAAUAAGCUGAAAGUGCAGCUUGCUGCUGGCUCCCAAAAUGAAUGCCCACCCUCCCUGCCCUCCCAGCCCCUUCCACAGUCCAUGGUGCCCUUCUGACCGAAAGCCUCCUCUUCACCUUACACCCAAUUAAGAUGUAUUUAUUUUUUUACAAAACCACCUUCUCUCCCAUUUCUAGGUGGCCCAGUUCUUGGCCCCACCCCGCCCGGCUGCACCGCAGGGCCCACAGCCCCGCUUCGGCCUCCCCACUUGCCCCAGGCACAGAGGAGCCCUUGCCAGCCCCUCUGCUCCCAGUCCACCAAGCCCUGUCUGUCUCCGAUGAACGAUGGGAGGCCUUUCUAGACUUGGCUGUUUCUUUCGUCUCAGCUUCUCUGAGGUGCUGCACGAUAGCCUUGCUCCCUUCUCCAUCUUUCAUGUAGCAACCAGGUGACGCAGGCACAAUGUGAGGGAAACCUGUGUCCGGGCUGGGGAGGCAUGCUCUGGGCCUGGCCUGGGAUGUGGCCCUGCUUCUAUGCGCUCUCGCUCCUGCACCCCAGUACAUUCACAGAACAAACAGUGGGGUAUCUCCCCUCCUGCCCUUGCUUCAGAAGAGAAGUGGUGUCUCCCCCAGCAGACACUGGCCAGGGGCCUUCAUGGGGCUGGGAGAGUUGGGGGGAGAAAUUAGGGAUUGAGAUCCUACCUGGCCUGGCUUGAGAACAGCCCUGAUAGCCUUUUGAGCCAUGAUUUUGAAGUGGAUGCCAGUCUUGCCAGAAAUGCUGUUCUCACCAGGAUGCCCUGCCCUGCCCUGCCCAGUGUCAAGCAAGGACCCUUCCCUGGAGACCUACCCACCGUGUGUCCUCUGAGAGGCCCAGUGCCCCUUCCAGGCAUCCCCAGGCCCUUCCUGCCUGUCCUUGCUCCUCACUGUGAUUCCCAGAACGUGAGCUGCCUCCAACCCCCUAAAAAGCUGACUCACUGUGAGUGACAUUGGGCAAGUUCCCAAACUUCCUUGUGCCUCAGUUUCCCCAUCUGGAAAAAAUGGGGCCACCUCUUGCCAGCAGUAGCAGGGCCGCCCAUUCCCCUUCCCCGUGUCCCAAUCCAGCACUUGGGCGCCUCGUGCCUCUGCCUCAGUGGGUCUGUGGGAGCCCGCCACUUACUCCCCAAGCACCCAGCUCUGCCUCUAACUCAGCCAUCCAGCCGCUGAGAGCCAGGGCAUGGUGCUAUGCUCUUUUCUAUAUUUAUUUGAUAAAAGUCUCCUAAAGGAGCAGAAGUGUGGUCGGCCUGGGCUCCCAGCCCUGUGACUCCUCUGAUGAGGCUCGAGCCUGGCCAGGGCCUGCCUUGGUGGAGCCCCACCCAGGACCCCAGGGCCUGCUUUCCAUGUGUGGCUUUCUCCUUUUCAAAGCAAUAUCGGGUCUGCACAGGCCUGUCAGACAGACUGGUUCCUCCCAAGGUGAGCCCAUGAGUCUGAUGGCAUUUCUGGAGACGCAAAUGAGAGAAGGUUGAGUCUGCCCUCACUGGUGUCACAUACUGAGAGAUGUCCUAUUGUAAAGAAACAAAAUGGAAAAUGUCACAAAAAAGUUUGUAUAAAGACAUAUUUUUGUACUACAUGGGGACUCUACCUGCAUGUCAGCAAUAAAACUUCCUUGUCUGGA